AUGGCUUUAGCAUCGAUGUGGUUUCUGUUAUUAUAUCUCAGUUUAUGCAACGCAUGGAUGGAUGAGAGACCUGUUUUGGAGUCUCGAGAUGGACAUCUCAUAAUCUCCAGCGCGAAGGAUAGAAACAUUACACUAAAGAUAACAGGGGACGGUUACAUGAAUAUCAAUGAGAUCAAUCUGCUUCACGUAGCUUCGGCGGCGCAAAAUGCGACACGGGUCAUCGAUAGGUGGCGAAUGGGAUAUUUGGCUGAGAUGGAGAAUUCGCUUCACGAACUAACGACUAUAGUGACAGGCACUACAGGUUUACAGAGAAGAGUCGCUGUGCUCGAGAGAAAUAUCGACAUGAACAUUACGAUUCGCACAGGAAACAGAUCACGUAUACCGAAUUUUAAUCCAUUGACUGUAGCCACAAGCAGAAGCAUUCGUCGUAUCAACUCUCGACUUAAAGCAUUAGAAGACUCACUAAGAGCUAUGCAAACACUACUUCGAGAGAACGAAUGUCAAAGUAACCCAUGUCAAAAUGGUGGUACUUGUGAAGAUCUCUAUGAUGCCUAUCAAUGUCAUUGUCCAUCAAACUGGGAGGGCCCAAAUUGUAUGACGGACGUCAACGAGUGCGCAAGAUUUCUUGGUACGGAUCUCGGAUGUCAAAACGGAGCAACUUGUCGAAAUUUACCUGGGUCUUAUCGAUGCGACUGCUUGCCGGGAUGGUUUGGCCUUCAUUGUACACAGAAGACAUCGAUUUGUAAUACAGAAAAUUCUGAAGCGCUUUGCGGCGAGCACGGUGUAUGCGUUGCCAAAAGCAGUUCUUCACUUGGAUAUACAUGCAUUUGUGAUCAAGGAUGGGAAAGCGACGGUACAAACCCAGCUUGCAUCAAGGAUGUAGACGAAUGUGCAGCGGCCCAUCCACCUUGCUCCGUAAAUCCACCGGUACCAUGUCGUAAUACUCGCGGUUCAUUCACUUGCGGUGCUUGUCCGCAUGGCUAUAGCGGCAAUGGCUAUUAUUGCACCGACAUUGACGAGUGUCUUAUUAACAAUGGCGGCUGCAGUACCUUACCUUACGUGCAAUGCAUAAAUACAAUGGGUUCUAGAACAUGUGGAGCCUGUCCUCCAGGAUAUCGUGGCGACGGUGUGAGUUGCAUUUUUGUCGGUGGUUGCGCCAUCAACAAUGGUGGAUGUCAUCCAUUAGCUACCUGUAUCGAGAAUCCAUCGCUUACAAGUUCUUAUGUGCUGUGCCGUUGCCCACCGGAUUACGUCGGUAAUGGAAUGGGACCAAACGGUUGCCAAUUAGCUGAUGUAUCACUUAAUACAGCGUGUUCUAGCAACCCCUGCGUUCAUGGUACAUGCGUGCCAAACGGUGCAAAUGGCUUCACUUGCAGAUGUAACUCAGGAUACUCUGGAUCUACAUGUAAUACACCGAUCGAUCCGUGUUUACCAAAUCCUUGUCGAAAUAGUGGAAUUUGUACCGUUUUAAAUGGGCAAGCAACGUGUCAGUGUACAACUAGCUUUACAGGAAUCAGAUGUGAAACGCCACGGCAAGCGUGUGGCGGUGUAUUACGGAAUCCCAUGGGAACACUUCAGUUUCCCAUAGGCGGUAGCACUUACCAGCAUGGACUGAGUUGUGCUUGGGUGUUAAUAACGGAACCCUCGAAGGUUCUAAACGUCACCUUUACGUCUUUUAAUCUUGAGCAGUCAACAGAUUGCAAAUUUGACUUUCUACAGAUUCACGAUGGUAGAAAUGCUGGUAGUCAUAUGAUCAAUAGAUUUUGUGGUCAGACAUUGCCUAAUGAAAACGGGACAAUCAUCUCGUCCCACAAUACCCUUUAUUUAUGGUUCCAUUCGGACAACAGUAUAUCUCACGACGGAUUUACUUUCCGUUGGAAGAGCAUCGAGCCUAUUUGUGGAGGUGUUUUAGAAAAUAAUUACGGCACAAUUACGUCUCCAGGUUCACCUGGGAGAUACCCUCCAAACAGAGAUUGUUUCUGGACAAUUAUUGUCGCUGCUUCAAAAAGAAUUCAAUUUCAUUUUGGUCAGCUGAUGCUCGAGCAAAAUUGUGACAACGACUUUGUGGAAAUUACUGGUGCAGAAGAAGAACGUUUAGGACUUUUUUGCAAUCACACUCGUCCACCGCCUUUGAUUACACCGAGUUCUGAAGCAAUUGUUCAUUUCCAUUCUGACGGUUCUAAUCAAGAUGCUGGAUUUCAAAUUCAUUAUUCGAUAAUUGAAGGUACUCCUGGUUGUGGUGGAAUUUAUACCAGUGCCACUGGACUAAUCAAUUCACCAGGUCACUCAUCGUCAUAUCAGCCAAAUAUGGAAUGUGAAUGGAAGAUACAGUUGCCAGCAGGUGAACGAAUCCGAGCAUCAUGGCUGAGAUUUGAUCUCGAAACUUCCACCAGUUGUCAGUUUGACUUUGUCGAGGUUUACGAUGGACCUAACACACUUUCUCAGUUACUCGGUAGAUACUGCGGCGCGGACUUGCCGCCAGCAAUCAAGUCAAAUUCAAACAGUUUAGUUAUAGUGUUCAAAUCCGAUUGGUCUUACGAAGGGGAAGGUUUCACACUUUCGUACGAAACUUUAUGCGGCGGCGAAUUCCAUGCAGACACCGGAAUUAUCAAAUCGCCGUUUUAUCCGAACCCUUAUCAUCACUCAAGAACAUGUAUUUACGAAAUUAUACAACCGUCUGACAAAGGAAUCGUGUUAACUAUAGAAGAUAUGGACAUCGAAGGCAGAGAUCAGAACUGUUUUUAUGAUUACGUUGAAAUUUUUGAUGGUGAUAAUGAAAACGCAACGAAACUCGCCACAUUAUGCGGCGAUGAGGAAAACAUGCCCGAUACUCCUUACUAUUCCACGCACAAUUUCAUGUACAUAAAGUUUACCACCGACAGCAACAUUAAUGGUCGAGGUUUCAAAGUAAACUACACAACCAUUAAUCGUAGAUGUGGCGGAUUGCUGAAAGAGCCAAAUGGUGUCAUUCAGUCCCCACAUGAAAACGGAAGUUAUUUCGAUAACGAGGAGUGUAUCUGGACUAUUCAAGCACCACCAGGAUACGUAAUACAACUCAACUGGAUGUCAUUUAAUUUAGAAUAUCAUAAUGAUUGUGUCAAUGAUUAUGUCAAGCUUUACGAAAACUACACCUCGCGUGACGAAAAUAUAAUAGCCACAUACUGUGGUAGCACUAAACCACCAGAAUUAACAACACAGGAUCGUAUACUUACCAUACUUUUCCACACUGAUUUAAGUAUUACACUUGAAGGAUUUGUUGCUACAUAUAUUUUCAUGGAUAUGUCGAAGGUCUGCGGUGGUCAUUAUUCAAAGUCAAAUGGCAUUAUUAGAUCACCAAAUUAUCCCGAUCAUUAUCCAAAUAAGAGGGAUUGCGUUUGGAUUAUUGAAGCACAAAAUCGACAUAGAAUCAUUCUUACAAUCAAUCAUUUUGAAUUAGAAAGACAUGCAUCUUGCUUAUUUGAUUAUUUAGAAAUUAGGAAUGGUGGAUAUGACUCUGCGCCUUUAAUCGGCAAAUUCUGUGGCACAGACAUACCUACUGAAAUACCAAGUCAAACGAAUCAAAUAUAUAUUAGAUUUGUUUCUGAUUUCUCAAGAUCAAUGCAAGGUUUUGAAAUUCAAUGGGAUAGCAGCACUCAAGGAUGUGGUAACUCAUUGACUGCAGUGACUGGAGAUAUUAUAUCUCCAAAUUAUCCUGAACCUUAUGCAGCGAACGCGGAUUGCUAUUGGAAGAUCGCUGUGGCAGCAGGUAGUUUAGUGAGGAUUGUAAUAGUGGACCUCGAUCUUGAACAGCACGAGAAAUGCCGAUAUGACUUUAUCGAAAUAUAUGAAGGCAUUAGUCAUCUCACAAAUGGAAGACGUUAUUGCGACAUCACGUAUCCGAAGCUUAUUCAAUCCAAAUCCAAUCAAAUAACCAUUCGGUUCCGUAGCGACUACAGCAAUGCCGGUCGCGGUUUCCAUCUAAAAUACGAAACGCAGUGCAUAAACAAAUUACGUGGUUACUCUGGUGUGAUAGAAUCACCGAAUUUCCCCAAUAAAUAUGAGCAUUCGACAAACUGCAGUUGGAUUAUUGAGGCUCCAAUUGGUAACAUGAUUAAUUUGACUUUCUCGCACUUUGAUCUCGAAGGAAGGAUGGAACAAUCGCAGUGCAUAUAUGACUAUCUCCAAAUCAUGGAAGGCGAUGAUGACACUCCCAACAACAUGCUGGGUCUAUUUUGUGGGAAUAUCGAUCUUCCAAUGAAAAUUAAUUCAAUACAACAUCAAGUGUUUAUAACAUUUGUUACGGACUCCUUUAUGGCUUACAAUGGUUUCCGGCUUGAAUGGACGGUGCAUGGUUGCGGAGGGCAUUUGAUUAAACCGUAUGAUAGUUUUACGUCGCCUGGAUAUCCUGUAGCUUAUCCGAUGAAUGUUGACUGCGAAUGGUUAAUCGAAGUGGAUUACAUGCACAGCAUCGAGCUUACAUUUUAUGAAAUUAAUACUGAGAAACGCAAAGGCUGUUUCUUUGACAAAGUCCAAAUCUAUGAGGGUCAAGAUGUAGAUGCGCCAAAACUAACCGAGCUUUGUUAUUCGGAGACGCCAGUAAUAUAUACUAGUCACGGAAAUAAAAUGUUUGUCAAGUUUCACUCGGACUCAUCAUACGCUAGUCGAGGAUUUAAUGCUAGUUAUAAGACUGUUCCUAUUGAAUGUGGUGGUAAAUUUACAGCAACCUCAGGCAUCAUUCAUUCGGCCAAUUAUCCGCAGAAUUAUCCGCAUGUUGUAAAUUGCGAAUGGCUAUUAGAAGUCGACAACAACCAUCUAGUGAAUCUCACGUUUUUGGACUUUGAUGUUGAGAACAGUAGAAAUUGCAGUGAUGAUUUCGUUAAGAUUUUUGAUGGUUCAACGAAAGAUGAUCCAUUAUUGGGAACUCAUUGCGGCAAUCAGUUACCACCGGUCUACGUUUCGAGUAGUAAUCAAAUGUUAGUAGUUAUGCAGAGCGAUAGCAUUAUUUCAGCCAAAGGUUUCAAAGCUCAAUAUAGAAGAGCCUGCGGUGCUCGUAUAAUUGUGAAGGAUCAUGGUUUUCUCACACCCUCGACGGGUAAUAGCGAUAUACAUGAUGAGAACACUAAUUGUACAUGGACAUUGAUAGCUGAAAAUCCAGGCGAUCAUGUAACUAUUACUUUUACGCAUAUGGAGAUUGAUCCAACUGAUAUUAUGACUCGAUGGGACUCAGGACAUCUCGCGUCGGGUCCUUGUUUUUGGCUCUCCCUUCAGGUGUUUGAGGGUGAGAGUACAGAUGGACCAUCUCUAGGAAAAUGGUGCAAAAACGUCGCACCACCGCCGAUUACGAGUACCGGAAGUUCACUCACACUGCAUUUAACUGUUUUCUACGAGUUCAUAGGUCACUUUGUCGCUAUGUACUCCGUCCUGAACACAGCUUGCGGCGGAAACUACACAUCCCAACAAGGAAUAAUUACCUCGCCUAGUUAUCCAAAUAGUUAUCCUCUAAACGCAGAAUGCGUUUGGGUUCUGAAUACGUCUCCCGGUAAUAGGAUUACUCUCAUGUUCUCCGAGUUUGAUGUCGAGUCGAGCGAAAAUUGCGAUUUGGACUAUGUCGAGGUAAGAGAAAACAGUGGAAUAGGAAAGCUCAUUAGCGUUUCUUGUGGCAAGGAUGCCGCGGAAAUUACGUCUUCCAGCAAAUUGUGGAUCAAGUUUAAAAGCGAUGAUUCAGGCACUGCUAAGGGUUUUAAGGCUGAAUAUAAUAUCAUCGGAGGGAACGAAUUGGAAGGACCUACAGGACGCAUUACUUCGCCGUUGUAUCCGCUACCGUAUAGACAACCUGCUGCGUUCUCAUGGCGCAUUACUGUUGAAAUGGAUUGGCUUGUACGCCUCACAUUCACAGAUUUACAUAUAGAAAACAUUGGCCAAUUUUGUUUCUCUCAUAUUAAUAUAUAUGAUGGAUAUGAUAAUGAAGCACCACUUCUAUCUGAAAUAUGCGGCUACACUUUGCCAGAACCAAUAGAUUCAUCCAGUAAUGUAAUUUAUAUCACGAUGACGUCGGAUUUUGUCAGACAAGGACAUUGGUUUGAUCUCACAUGGCUUCAAACAUUGAGAAAUAGUUCCGAACAGGGAACUAACAAGGAGAUUGGACUGUCGAAAUGCAACAAGGAAAUAGCUCUAAUUGGUAACAACACUAGCACGUAUUCCUUCAGUUCUCCUGGUUGGCCGAUUGGUUAUGCUGCCAAUUUGCAUUGCAAUUGGGUCUUCACAUCGCCACCUGGAACACAUUUGGUAUUGAGAAUCAUGACUAUGGAUUUGGAAGAAACUAGCAAUUGCGAGGCGGAUUCGGUUUCUGUUUAUUCGGGAAAUGCAUUGACAUCGACAAUUGGUGCUCAUUUGGAAAGUAAAUUAUGCUUGGCGAACUCCAGCGCGUCUUUGAUCAAUGGGAGCAAUGUAAUGACGGUGAAAUUUGACACAGACGCAUUCGACAAUAAAACUGGCUUCAACGCAUAUGUAUAUCGAGAUUGUGGAGGUCAAUUAAAUGGACCCAACGGCGUAAUCGAAUUUGACAAUUCUUCUUUUCUUUCAAGAGCGAUUCGCACAUGGCAAUUUACCUGUGAGUGGACUGUGACAGUGAAACCCGGCAGAACUAUCAAAGUUCAGAUUAACAAAAUAUCAAUACAGCCUGAUUAUACAUGCGGUGAUAAUUAUUUGUUGUUAAAAAAUGGAGAAGGAGUGCUCUCGCCUUUGUUAGGCGUCGGAAAGUACUGUGGUGAAGUGACGCCAGCAGAAUUAGAAACCACCGGAAAUCGUUUGUAUGUUAAAGCUAGAGGUAUUGGUCGUAAUUUUGGCUUUAAGCUCACUUACAGAGAAGUAAGCAUGAGCUGUGGUGGCGAAUUUAUUUUAACAAACAAACAGAAGAAAUGGGAGAUAACAUCGCCCAACUAUCCAAAUAUCCCUCCAACUUAUAGCGAAUGUGUUUGGACAGCUAUUGCGACAGCUGGUGAAAGGCUGACUAUCCAUUUCUUAGAUAGAUUUGAUUUAAGUCGUUCUGAUAAUUGCGAAAGAGAAUACGUUGAAGUAAGGGACGGUGGAACUGAUGGCUCUCAACUUAUGGGAAGAUUUUGUAAAGACGUAGCACCUAGUAGUAUGAGUACUAAUGGCAACAUGAUGUACGUCCAUUUCUUUACGGAUGUACCAGAACCUAAGAAUGGUUUCAAAGCUGUAAUUACUUUAGGAGAGGUUUGUGGCGGAAUAUUGCGUGCUACCAAAGGCACUAUUAAAUCGCCGAAUUAUCCGCAUUCAUAUCCUACAAACCUAAACUGCACAUGGUUGAUAGUAGCUCCGACGGAUCAUAACUUAAAAUUAGAAUUUCGCGAUAUGCAGCUUCCUGGCUUACGUUCAUGCCCUUUGACUGAUAAUGUUAAAAUUGGAGAAAAGCUUGUAGAAAAUAAUACAAUUUCAAUAAUUGGUACUUAUUGCGGUAUUCAGAAACCAGAUGUAAUCGAAACAUCGUCAAACGAAGUGUAUGUGCACUUCCAGAGCAAUAACAUAUCAUUUGUUAAUUAUAAAGGCUUCAAUCUAAACUUCACUGCCAGCGAAGAAACAUGCGGUGGUUUAAUAACCGCACUAAGUGGAAUAAUUAAAUCACCUGGAUAUCCUAAUCCACGCACAAAACCAAGGUAUUGCGAUUGGCGAAUUACAUUACCGAUGGGUUACCAAGUUGUGGCAAAUAUUAUGGAUAUAGACGUUGGUAACGAUCCUAGACCGUCACACGUGGGAUAUGCACUUACGUUUUAUAACGAUUUGCGCUUUAAAUCGAGGAUUAAGGUCUUAGGACAAGGGGGAACGAAUAUAGAGGAAAUAAGAAGUUCCAGUAAUACUAUGAUUAUCAGCUAUUGGUGCUCCCCCGGGCAUCGAGGUUUCAAACUUCGGUAUAGGGCUGAGGCUCCGGCUCCUUGUGGUGGAAAUCUGAGAGCAAUUCAAGGCAAUCUAACAGGUCCUACAAGUCCACCUUUUAAUCAAUCUCCAUAUGUUUGCAACUGGAAAUUGGAACCACCCGAAAAUAUGAUCAGUUCCGUUGGGGAUAGUAGCUUGACAUUGACAAUAAAAGUCACCGGUAUUUUGGGCAGACCUGAGCAUUCUCAAAUUAUUAGAAGAAGCUGCAUUUAUCCUCAAUAUAUUGAAGUUCAGGGUGUUGGAAGGAUUUGUGGGAAUAUAACAGAACCAAGAUAUUUGAGAAGUCCAAAAUUAAUAAACGAAUUGAUGAUAAUGAAUGGUACUUUUGAAAAACGUAUGGAUUUCAAUUUACAAUAUCAAUGGCAACCUUGUGGUGGUGUUUUGCGAGAAUCAGGACACACCAUUAGAUCACCAACAAAUAUUUCCUAUCCAAUAAAUUGCGUUUGGCACGUAGAUUUUUCUGAAGGAGAAACAAUUAAACUUUCUUUCAAAAAACUUCAGCUUGAAAGUAACUGUAAUAAGAAUUAUCUUAUUAUCAAGAACGGCGGAGAAACGACGGCACCGCAAAUCGCAAAGUACUGCCUUCAUACCACAAACGAACUUCAAAAAUAUAACAUUAACAGUAUAUCGAAUCAGCUAUGGAUAGAAUAUUUUGCAUCUGAGGGUUCAGGCAGCUUCGAGUUUGAUGUAAUGGUUGCCAGUACAGGUUGCGGUGGAGCUUUACGUGGUCACAGUCGCGAAAUCGCAUCUCCGGAAUUUCCCAAACAAUAUCCAAACAACGGCGAAUGUACGUGGGAAAUAAUAGGUGAAAAUGGUUAUCACAUAGGUUUAACUUUCGUCGAUCGGUUUAGUCUGGAAACUAGUUCUAAUUGCGAAAAAGAUUAUGUGGAGAUAUUUGAUUGGAUCGGAGAAGAAGGAAGUUAUAACAACGGUGAAUGGAAGACUCUCGGAAAAGUUUGCGGCAGAAAUACACCUGCGCCCUUUAACUCGACAUCGAAUCACAUGAAAGUGAUUUUCCGUUCAAACGAGGCAGUACAAUCAGACGGUUUUCAUGCCGUCUGGAGCGAGAAUUGUGGCGGUGUUUUUGAAGCAACCGAAAAAGUUAAUAUCAUUCAAUCGCCAUUGUAUCCAAAUUUCUAUCCGCCUAACAUUUUCUGUAAUUACACCAUCGUUGCGCCAAAUGAUGACAUUGUCGUCGAGUUUACUGAUUUCCAGCUCGAACGCGCUCGUGGAGAUUGUCGUUAUGACAAUGUUACUAUCACAUCGAACAAUAUGUAUAUGGUAGAGGAGGUAGAAAGUUAUUGCGGUAACAGCAAACCACCACUUUUAAGAUCCAUUUCACGAAUAGAGAUUGUCUUCAUGACGGACAAAUAUAUGCAGCGGAACGGUUUCCAGUUUAAAUAUUUCCUCAAUAGAUGUGGUGGUAUUAUCACAAAGCCCACCGAGCUUAAGCCUUUGAUGCAUGGAGAAGAAUACUUUGGAGGUAUGAAUUGCACUUGGGUCAUUAAAGCACCGCAAGACAAGAGUGUACUUGUGCGCUUCGAGAAGUUCAUUCUAGAGUUCAGCACAAAUUGUUAUUUUGAUAACGUCGCUGUUUACGAAGGUGAUUUUGUUAAUCCAAACAAACGAACUGCUCUAAUUUGCGGUAACUUGACUGGUAAUUUACCAACAUUUAAAUCCGAAUCUAAUUCCAUGGUCGUUAACUUUAAUGCUGACAGUUCGAGACAUUUCGAAGGUUUUACAGCCAAGGUGCUAUUCACGACAAGUCCAGUCGGCGGUUGUGGAGGAUUAGUCAAUUUAACUUCGAUUCAAUCUAAAUCAUUUAGAACUCAACAGGAGGCAACUUAUCAACCAUUCGAAGAAUGCCACUGGACUGUAGUGACAUCGCCAGCCAAAAGCAUAUCGUUUACAAUUAAUAGCAUAGAUAUCAAGAACUCAAUUAAUAAUAUUACUCAACGUGAUAAGUGCAGCGGUGAUUAUCUCGAGGUUCGAGAUGGUGGUGGUCCUUAUGCCGACCUUAUUGGUCAAUUCUGCGGAAAUUCAGUGCCAUCUCUCAUGAUAUCUACUUCAAAUAAAUUGUGGAUUAGAUUUUAUACUGACGGUGUUACUGAAGGCGCCGGUGCAACAGCCAUAUUGAAUACUAUUGAUUCAUUGUGCAGUUUAAGUACUCGAUUAGUAAACGAAACAAUUCAUGUACUUACUUCGCCAGAUUAUCCAAAUACACAUUUAGCUGGAACGCUAUGUCGUUGGACAUUGCAAUUUGCUGAUAAAUACAGCGAUAGAAUGCGAAUCCGAUUUGUAGAUUUUGAUUUGACGGAUUCUAACAAGUGUGAAGAUGAAUAUUUAGAAAUUACUGAAGAAAAGAAAUACAUAAACGAAGGCUUUGGAACAAACUUUAUUUAUAGUGGUGAAAGAAGUCAUCCAAUUACUGUCGAAAUGGGUAGCCGGUUACCUUUUGCCUCAUACAGAUAUUGUGGUGACGAAUUACCACAUGAUUAUUACAGUUACAGCGACAAAGUCAAAAUAACAUUUAGAUCAAUGUCCAACGAUCACAAAGGCUUCAAGCUGGAAUACAGUACAGCGAAUUGCGAUCGAAAUUACACGAGCGAGCAAGGACGAAUCCUUCAUAAUGGAUUUACAAGCUGCUGGAUUACAAUCACCGUUCCAGCAAAUCGUACCAUUUCUUUGUACUUCAAUCAUUUCAGCAUUUACGACCCAGAGCAGUGCACGCGCAACGCGCUGCAAGUACACGAGGGUGACUCAAGUGGACCGCUUGUAACGACGCUAUGCAGCAUGGUAAUGCCAAGCCCAAUUUUCAGCACUGGCAACAAACUCACUUUGCACUCCUGGACCGAGAGUGCCAGCUCUUAUCAAAGUUAUGAUAUCAUUUACACGACCACGGAUGCAGGUCGAGGUUGCGGCGGUCGUAUAUUCAAUUAUGGUGGCAGAUUCACUUCGCCAUUGUAUCCCCAUACGUAUCGCAACAAUACCUUAUGCACUUGGGACGUGAGCGUACCGCAAGGUUUUAAGAUUAUUCUUCAAUUCCUUGUCUUCGACAUCGGGACGAAGAAGACCUGCAGCAACAAUAAUCUCAAAGUUUACGACGUUGUUCCCAGCGGAGAAAUUUUACAUAGCACAUACUGCGGCGGAGAUGAUCCAGCAAGACUGGAGGCUGAUACCAAUCGAGUUCUCGUUAAAUAUACUUCGACAGUGAAUAAUAUUGGAUCGGGUUGGGUAAUUGUAUUCAUGGCACAAUCAACUGUGCAUCCCAUUGACAUAAUAGAAAAUUUGUAAAGGAGACAUCAAGACUGCAAA